CCGUACGUCUCCCGCUGUCCUCACGGCCGGCUCGGUCAGUUCAGGCCGCGUGCCCCUCAGUGAGCGUGUGCCCGGGAGAGAGGGAAGAGAGCAGAGGGAAGGUCACAGCAGCGGGCUCCCAUGCCGGUCACUGGCACAGCAGCCCAGCGCUGCUUCCCCCAGCAGUCACCCUGCGCGGUCUCUUCUUUUACACAACCCUCCUUAUACAGACUGAUCACCGCAGUGCCAUGUGCUGGAGCUAUGUCCUGCAUUAUCAGCUAUUUAUUCACCAGUCCUGUAUAUCAUCUGGGACUGUAGGUUCCGGAUAUUUGUCCCCAGCACAUCUGCAGCUUGUAGAAUGGUCCAUGCAGAAGCCUUUUCUCGCCCUCUGAGCAGAAAUGAAGUGGUUGGCCUGAUCUUCAGGUUGACUAUAUUUGGUGCUGUCACCUAUUUUACCAUUAAAUGGAUGGUAGAUGCCAUUGAUCCGACCAGGAAACAGAAGCUUGAAGCCCAGAAACAGGCUGAGAAGUUAAUGAGACAGAUCGGAGUGAAGAAUGUAAAGCUUACCGAGUAUGAGAUGAGCAUUGCGGCCCACCUCGUUGACCCACUCAGCAUGCUGGUAACGUGGAGUGACAUCGCCGGCCUCGAUGAUGUUAUAACAGACCUGAAAGAUACUGUCAUUCUUCCAGUAAGGAAAAAGCAUUUAUUUGAGAAUUCAAGACUGCUGCAGCCCCCCAAAGGCGUCCUGCUAUACGGUCCUCCUGGAUGUGGCAAGACUUUGAUUGCUAAAGCAACUGCAAAAGAAGCAGGCUGUCGCUUCAUCAACCUACAGCCGUCCACACUGACUGACAAGUGGUACGGGGAAUCUCAGAAGCUGGCGGCUGCUGUGUUCUCUCUGGCUGUAAAGCUUCAACCGUCCAUCAUUUUCAUUGAUGAAAUAGAUUCUUUCCUUCGGAGCCGUUCAAGUAAUGACCAUGAGGCAACAGCAAUGAUGAAAGCUCAGUUCAUGAGUCUCUGGGAUGGACUGGACACUGACUACAGCUGUCAGGUGAUAGUAAUGGGAGCCACAAACCGUCCUCAGGACCUCGACACUGCAAUUAUGAGGAGAAUGCCCACAAGAUUUCAUAUCAAUCAGCCGUCUACGAGGCAGCGAGAGGCAAUCCUUAACCUCAUACUGAGAAAUGAGAAUGUGGACGGACAUGUGGAUUUGGUGCAGGUGGCCAGUGGUACCGAUGGCUUCUCUGGAAGUGACCUGAAGGAGAUGUGCAGGGAUGCUGCCCUCCUGUGUGUCAGGGAAAGCGUGACCAGCAGCUAUGAGGAAAGCCUCUGUGAGGAGAUCCGACCAAUCCAACAAAAAGAUUUGAUGCGGGCUAUUGACAAAAUGAAAAAAUCCAAGAGCGCAACGAACCAGGGGGUUUUAAUGCACGUUAGCUUGGACUGAAUUCCCAUCAUGUGGAGUCACCGAAGUGGAGAUAGCUGGACCAGGAUAUCCAAGGAUGCAGGUGUCCGAGUAGAGCAUCUUUUAUUGGUGACCAGACUUUAUGAAGUUCAACCACCUUUGCUGGACCUUCGUAACAUUUCACUAUAAAGAAUCUUUUAGAAGAAAAGAUGUCACAAGAGCUGCAGUUGUAACAACAGUGUGUGUGUGUGUGUGUGUGUGUGUGUGUGUGUGUGUGUGUGUGUGUGUCAUAAUGUUUACUGUAAGAUCACUUUGUGUGAGGAAGGGAUUUGGGGUAUCUGGCAAAGGGACAAAGCUAAGCUGGACUGCUAUAUAUUAUGUAGUUCACAUCGGAAAGAUGCAGAUAUUUCCAUUCUUACUAAAUAAGUGUCGGCCAUGUGUUCAUUUACCGUCCCAUGUUUUAGUCUUUUGAAAGACCUACCCACACAACGGCACAUGAUUUCUUUCUGUAUAAUGUGCGUUUAUCUAUAUUGAAAAGUAAUAUAUAAUGCGGGCAUUGGCUGAUAAUGUCCUGCCAUUUGCUUGGGUGUGCCAAUGCGUCUAUGGGGAUAAUGUAAUAGCCUGCAGAAUGUGCAGUAAUUCCGGCGAAUCUGACUAUAUUUUUAAAGCAGCAAUCAUUAGAAAGUCAAAACAGGGUUGGUUCUGCCUUUUAAAUGAUUGCCGCUUUAAAAUAAUAUUGGCAGACUCGCCAAAAUUUCCGCUUAGCCUGCGGUUCUCAGGCUCUAAGCCCUUUAUUUGUGUUCUUAUUGACUAGCAUGGAUUCCUUGGGUCCAUAUUGUAGAUAAUAUUCCCAGCGACAUUGUCACGGUCUUCGAAUUCCCUGCAUGGUGCCGUGCUAGGUGAUGUCAGAGUACGUAAUUUUACUCCUGGCCAUUUUGUUCUUAAUGCAGAGAUGGUUUGUAAAGUAUAUGCAAUUUUGUUUCUGUCUUAUAAAAUGACAGUGUGUGGGUAUCUUGUAAGUUCUUACAAAGAUUAAUUAAACCAGUGCUAUGUACUCACAAA